GAUGCCGAAAUGCACCUUGGGAGUCGUAGUUAACUUAUCCCUCUACGUUUUUACUUACAUAGGCUUGUACCUUUUUGACUUUUCAUAAAAACCAAAUAUGUUCUAAAGCAGUUGUUAAUGUUUGUACUGGUGAUUCAACCUUUAGGCUACAUGUGCUUCAACUCAUGUAACAUUGUCUGUGGGGAUAAAAUGAGGAACCAGGGGCGUCUGAAACAUGGUCUGACCCUAACUCCAAAGUCAGUGUUGAAUGACAGUGCUCCCUAGCUGUCUCCUCCUCACUGUCCAAUCACUAAAUAGCUUUGAGUUUCUAGUUACUUUAGGAACUGUUGCUAUGGAGCUCAUACCUCAACACCCCACACAAAGUUAUCCCCUGGAUGUUUCACAGUGGACACAAAAUACUAAUUACAGGGAUUUAUCAUAUUCAGAGAGGAAACAGCUGUUAGUAAAGAUUUUUUAGGAGGAAAGCGCAUGUGAAGGAAUGCAGGUCCAGUCGGUGCCACUCGGCUCUGUCACCAUCGGACCGCAGUCUUGGCGCGAUGGGACGCUCCGCUCCAUCCGUCGGGCGGAGCGCCUGGUGCGGCAGACUCGGGCCGGGCGGUCCGGGACUUGCAGCCGUCCCCGGAGCUGCAGCGCCGCCGCCGGUUUCACCCCAAAGCGCGCAGACGGCACAGCGGAAACCACCGAAGAUAAGAUCACAGCGGAGGAAUGCGGAGAGAGUCGUGACUCCAUCUGCAAAAAUAAGAUGUCGAGGCCCCAAACUACAGGAGCGAUGUUCCCCAGUGGCUCUCACAGAUCACCUGUGGCCCCGUUCCCGCCUACCAGCUUGCGUGAGCAGUGUGCUGGGGUCAGCGUUGCCGUGGCCAGUGACUACAUGCGGAGGGUGCGGGAGGUGGAGGGCCAGCUGCGCAGGCAGGCCGGCAGGGUGACCCAGGAGGGCAUCAAGCUGGAGAGGGAGAGGGGCCACCUGGAGAGGAUGCUGCGCAGCCUAAGGACUGCUCUGACUAUCAACAGGAGGAGCUCUGAGGGGAGGACCAGGAGGCCGUCCACUGCUGAGACGGAGAGAGAUGGUGCUGAUUACUUGUUGUUGUGUGAGAGAAGAGAGCUGGCCCAGUUGAAACAGGAUCUGGAGGGAGUGCUGAGAAACACACUGACCCAGCUACAGGCCCUGGGUCAGAGCAGCAGACAGCUGCUGGACUGUGCCAGUGAGAGGGCUCGUGUCCUGGAACUACUGCCUCACUGCAGCUCUGCUGGAGGACACCACAGCGCUGCUCAGACCUUCACCAAAACAGACCCAGUCAGCCCCUUUACACCAGAAUGUAAACAGAUUUUAGAGUCGUCCAGUUUGACAGUCAACCAGUCACAGCUACUGAGGAAAAACAUCAGACAGACGCUAACCAGUGCAAUCACCAGGCAGAAAGCUGUUCACCAUACAGUCAAUGACGGCCUGGUGAAGAAAAUGGCAGAGACAAUCAGUCUGCAGCAAAGCCUGACUUUGAUGUCAGCAGCCACCAGACAGGCCCUGUUUCGCAAGCAGAGGGAAAUUAACUGUAUUCGUCACAGCCACGACAGAGUGCAGGGUCCAGAGUACAGCGGUGACAUACUGUCCAGAGAGAAACUCAACAGGCCUCUGGUGCAGGUUUAUCAGAGACACCCAGGGACACAGUUACCUGAGGCUGCUCAUCUCAUACAGAGCAGUGCAGUGCUGAGGCGACGUCUGAUGUCUUCUGAGGGUGAGCUGGCGAGGCUGCAGCACACCUGUCUGCAGCUGCUGGACGACCAGCAUGGUAAGAGAGCAGCAGCUCAGGUGGACGCAGCUGUCAUCCGCAUGAGGCGUCAGCAGGUCGACGUGCGAGCCAUGCCUUCUUUCCUCCAGCAGGGGGCGUGCAGAAGCCAACUUGCCUUGUCUUGUGUUCAGUAGGGCUGCAGCAAGCAUGCAAGUAAAGAGAGAGAUUAUAGUAAUUGUGUUGUGAGAAAUAGGGAGCAGUCAUGUGCAAAAUGUGCUGGUUCAAGACUGAUCCAAUUAAGAAGAAUUUUAAUGCUACAGCAUAGCUAUUUAAGGCAAUAUUGUUCUUCCAGCUUUGUGGCAACAGCCCUUUCCUGUUUUAAUUACCCCCGUGCACAAGGUCAGGUCCAUAAAGAAAUGGUUUUCCCAGUUUGGUGUGGAAGAACUUGAUUGGCCUGCACAGAGCUCUGACCUCAACCCCAUCCAACACCUUUGGGAUGAACUGGAACGCAGACUGUGAUCCAGGCCUUAUCACCCAACAUCAGUGUUGGACCUCACUAAUGCUCUUGUGGCUGAAUGGGAGCAGAUCCCUGCAACCAGGUUCCAAACUAUUGUGGAAAGCCUUCCCAGAAGAGUGGAGGCUGUUACAGCAGCAGAUUGUUACUCAUAGUUUCAGAAUUAAAUCUUUAACCACCACAUAUGGAUGUAAUGUUCAGGUGUUUACACACUUUUAGCCACACAUCGAGUUGGACAUUUUCUCUGUUUUCCCUUUGUGCAGUAACAUUUUCAACACUUUAAUAAACGUUAAAACUAGGUUUAUAAGUCACAAAA